AUGACGACCUCGCCUUUUACCUACAGUUUACACAUAUUGUAUUAUAUCAGCGUCCUUGAUAGCAAAACGGUUUUUUUUCCAGCUGCACCAGGAACUACGUGUGGGCCGAUGGACGAGCCUGCAGAUCUAUCGUCGUCGUGUACGCUGUCUGAACUGGUGGACGUCGAUGUCUCCGCGAUCAGUCACGAACGACUCAAAGACCUUACAGGCGAAGUCUUGAACACGGUGCUGGACAAAGACAGCGUGUUAGGAGACCUGCCGAACAACGUGACGUUGGGAGAAGUCGAUUUACAAAUCGCGAUUGAACACGGUCGAGCGAUAACCUUAUACCUAGAACGUUUCGACGGCAUUGUCAUCCCAAUUGUCGUCAGUAUAACAUAUUUAAACGCCCCGAAUUUUCCGGUACAGAAGAAUGGAGCAAAAGUGGCCGACUUGAAAAAGAGCAUAGAAAGAAAAAUGACGUUACAUUUAAAAAGAGCUGGCGAGAGAUCAACCGUCAGUUGGAGACGAAUAUGGAAAACUUAUUGGUUAAGUUGUAAUGGGAAAAAAAUUAAGUGUAAUUCUGAUUCCAUAUCCAAGUACAUGGAAAACAACUCAAAACUAAUAUUUGUAAAACGAUUUAGAGAAAAAAACAUUCACGAUCAAUAA